CCCACAGAAGGCAGAACAGCACUGAAAUCCUCUAUGGCAAUCUUCCUGCAAAGUACAGAAAUGCUGCUUCCCUGCCUGGAACCCAGGCCCCGCACAUACUCAGAAAAUGUUCCUUGGGACUCCCGGGCACUCGCUGAGGUGCUAAGUGAAUCAACAGCAGAAGUUGGAGAAACAGCACAGGCUUCAUGCUGCUGGUCGGAUGGGUUGGAAGGCAUGAAGUGUGAGAUGGAGAGAAACCUUCUAGCAAAACCAAUGUUCAGCUUAGCAGCAACUGGAAAGGGGAAAAGCAUCUUGGCGAUAUCUAUUCAGACACAUAUGAUCAGCAUCAUGAAGCUCUGGACACCUCAACUUAUGAUACUUCUCUGUAUGGUGCUACUGUGUGUGCUGGGAGGGAUGCAGAACACUGACAGCCGUAGAUCACCUAUUGGAGAUUCAGAGACUUUCUUAUGCCCAGAGAUCCAAGAAGAGUCCACAUUGAGGUCCUUUGGUGCUUCCUUUCCAACCUUGAAAGUGGCAAUGGCCUCUUCCCGUAUCACCUCCAUUACAGUGGGUAACUCGUUACUUGAGGAGUGCUGGGGACUGCCAAAGGCUGUUGAAUGUACCAUCAAGUGUUCUAGAACCUUUAGUUGUGUCAACAAAAAUCACACAUGCUGCUGGACCUAUUGUGGAAACGUCUGCUGGAAAAAAAAGCGAUCUUUGAAUGACAUCUGAAACCCUAAUCUCCCAGCUGGACACCAGUCUGUUCUUACUGAGGGCUGGGCAGGAGCACAUCCUUGACAAAUAAACUAAUUUCUCAACAGUGA